AUGGCUAAUAAUUCAAAUAGUGCAGCAUAUAACGGCGAAGCUCUACCCAAGCCAACUCAUCGUUUUACCAAGACCCCGCCAACCAGUCACCCGUGCGAUAAAGAGAGCCUCCGAGAUUACCGCCUGCAAGUAUUCCGGGACAGUCCCAAAAGUGCACCCCUCGCACAUAAUCGGACACCCAACCCGGGUAACUUAAAACGACAUCAUAAAGCAGAAGUCGCUGCGGAGCUGGAAGCGAUUCUGGCCCGCCUCCGUUGAUUCGCCAGAUGAGGUUAUUCGUGCUUUUUAACUGAGAGGAAUAUAGAAUAUGGCGUCCGGUACCUUCA